UAAUAGUGAUGGCUCACCAGAUUCAAAUAAUGGAACUUGAUUUCUUAGGAAAUGAGCUUGCUGAAUCAGAAUCCUUAGAUGUAACAUUCUUGUCAGGUCAUAUAGCAAAGAAUAAUGCAAACGCUAAUCAUUCAAGAGCACCAGCACAAAUUUAUAUUCAAUUAUCUCGUCGAAGAGCAAAAAUGGUAAAAAUGAGUAAACUUAAUUUACAUAAGGUUCUUGAGGCAUUUUCGUCAGAGAGGAUUCAUUUACCAAACAAGCCGUUAAACGAAACCCGUCUCCCUUAUCCGCUUGCCUCAGACGUUUCCGUGCGAGAUUAUAAUUCUUUCAUUGAAAAUCAAGAGUCAAGUGUAUACAAAUUUGAAUAUAAAAGCGGAACUGUAUAUAUCGUCGAAAUGAUCUCACCUGAGCAUGAAGCUGUUGUUGAUGCGCUGAGAGACUACUUUCGUGCUCACAGCCCUCUCACUACUUAUGCACCUCCUAAUGCGCCAAUACAAACUCGUGGCAGUCCAGGCCAUCACUCACCAGCUGGAGAUGGAACUUUUAUUAUGCCGGAUCUUGCUGUCUAUCCACAUCGAACUUAUGUUCCAGUGCCUCCUGUCCCUGGACCACCUAGUGAUAUGAGGGCUACCCUCUGGCGGCAAGGCGUUGAAAAGCAGAAAUGGAAAUUUGGCACCGUGAAUAAAGAUGAUUCCCCUACUGACGCUACUGGUUGUAAUGGCCCGAACGAUCCUAACUAUAUAAUCACGAUCCCCGUUAGUGACGUAUUUUACGAUCUUGCAAUUCCUGCAAUUGGAUACACACCACUGCCUCCUCCUCCUCCAGCAUUGAUGACUGCUAAUUUUAGAAUCGACUUAUAUCAAGUUCAACAGAUGGUUUUAAUUAGCCAACAAGUGUAA